GUUGGUCAUACUACCAUGUAUAAGAUGGCUAACAACUUGCGUAUCUACGGGGCAAAUAUCAUACUCAUCAGCACAUCACCAACCUUCCGAGUCAUAUACGUGAGUGGCCCAAUAAAGGUCUCUCCAAAGAUUUUGCAUCGCAUAAAAAUUAAGCGCAGGGAGCUUGUCGAUGAUCCAUUUAUUUUUCCGUGUAGUGUUAUUGUCGAAGAUCUUGAUAAUCUUGCUAUUGGUGUGAAUGUGAAUGACAUGGCCAGUGUAGUGAUUCGUAUUACUGGUAUUAAGGAGAUGUUAGACAGAGUUAUUAAAAUAGAUAAGGAGAAUGGUACUAAGAAAGGACCAACACCAGGAAGUGUACAAGAAUCUGUAUUUCACCUUAUGGAAAAGGUUACUGGGCAAAACUUUCACAGUUAGAUCCAUUUGAAUGACAGAGAAUGAAAAUAUAGUUUUGAUU